AUGGGGGGGGGGCAUUUACUGGCACUGAAAGAAGUCGCGCGGCCCUACCCAGUCGACCCGCUCACACUGGAGACGAGGUGCUACGACCCAUUUGGCCAAGUGAAAGCCAAGACAUUCAGCGCGCAUCCAAAGUAUGACCCUUACAACGAUGAGCUGGUUGUGUUUGGGUACGAAGCUAAAGGCGGUCUCUGGACCAUCCUCCCCAGGCCUUUCACAUCGUCCUUUUUGGCUUCCUAG